AUGAGCGGUACAUCAACUACUUUGCCUCGAGACGCCGAGCGCCGAGCGGCACGUCUGCGUGCACUGACAAGGUUGAGCCCGGUCGCGUUCGCGUAUUUCCUCCGGCACGAGUCAACCUGCUACGCACACCCCAUCCGCGACUUCGUCGUGUUCUACAUUGCCGGAGUCGACGGAUGGAAGGUUAGCCAUGAUAGUGUGCUCAACUGCGCGGGCAUCACUGAGGUCCCGGAAAAGGAGCGCGACGACGCCCUUUCUCAGCUCCUCGAUGAGCUGCAGGCUAUAAACAGCGGCGGGUGUCGUACUCACGAAGAGGACGGGCAACGUCAAGGAUGGAGACGGAUGGGGGAAGCAAUUACGGAGUUGCGUCUAUUGCUCGACACUGGAAUCGACACAUCCGACCAACACUUUCAUAGCCUGUUCAAGGUAUACGGCCCUGAAGCCGAAGAUAGGGCCAAGGAGCUGCGCGCAAGAUGGAAAUCGGGAUGGGAACUGAAGGCUAUCAUUGGGGCGGCCGCCUUCUGUCGCUUCGCAGUGGGCGCUCGGGUUGGCUGGGUUAAUGUUCGUUCCAGUAAGCAAAUGGCGAAGGACAUCGUCACGCAAGAGCCAGCGUGCCCGCGAGUCAGUAAUCCAAAUCAGCAGGCGACUUUGCAACAGCAUUGGCUCGACCAGCCUUUCAGCACCAAGCGUCUUCUGCAAGGGCAUGGCCUCCUCUCCUUCAGCCUCCAAGGGCUCGGAACGUGGAACGAGGCCCUGGUACAGAGGGACAGCGAUGCGGAAGCAGCAGAGCAGGCGUUUGUGUCGGCCAUCGGCCAGUUAGGGGUACGGAAAGAAGAUGCGGUGAGCGCAAUGCGAGUUACAACGUAUAAAUGGACGAAGCAUCAAGCUCAGGAUGACACCCUGGGCAUUAGGAUAAUGGAGCUCACCAGUCGCUCCUUAGGCCUGGCAGGAUUCGUUUGGGAUGAAAUCAGUUUCUUCUUUGACCCCAAGAAUACCGGCCACCCCAAGUCAAAUGCCAUCUCUCCGUCAGAGGAGAAAGUACUGCAUCAGAUUCGAGCUAGUCAACAGAGUCAAAUGUUCAACCCCAACGAGAUAUCCAAGAAGCUCCCGGACCGCCCUGUUGUAUGGGCAAUAAAACAACUGCAGCACAUCUCACACGAUACGGCCGUCACCUAUGUCAACCAGCUGCAAAGCUCCAACCCUCCGGUUCUGGGCGGUGGGUCUAUCGCGGCAGCGUCGGGCUCCGGCCAGAAUUCUAGUCCGGCAGGAAACAUCCCCAGUCGCUCGACGAGCGUUGCCGGGACGAGCAACAGGGCCCAACACACUACAGGCUCCAGCCGCCAGCAGCCCGGUAUGGUGAGCGCGAGCAGCAGCGCUCGGCCAAGGCCAGGCGCCAUCAAUCUGACGAGCGGUGUCUUGGCGCCAGAAAUCACUGAGGUUAGUAGUGACCCUGUCUCGGAGGACGACAUCGUUCUGCUUGGCAGCGGCCACGCGGACAUCGUGAUGUUGGAUUGCAGUGAGGAUGAUGGCUCUCUGAUGGACGCCUCGGGUCAUCGCACGGAAGCGGGGAGCCAAGGGGGCGCCGGCGGGGCGUCAUGGAAGGAUAAAGGGAAAGGCAAGGAGAGGGAGACCCGCUGA